GAACCCAUGCGGGUACACUGCUAUGUAAAAUGGCGGCGUGAGAGAGGCUCGUUCAAAACACAGUGAGUUACCUGAGAAGGUGGUUAGCAAACAUCUCUGAAACGGUCUGCGAUACGUGGCGCUGUCAGACAAUCACUCAGAGGCAGAGGUUGGAAUUUAAAUUACAGAAAAGAGCAGGAGGGAUGGCGAAGAGGAUCGCUGAUAAGGAGCUGACGGACAGGAACUGGGAUCAGGAGGAGGAGGGAGAGGAGGCUGGGACGUUUUCUGUUGCAAGUGAAGAUGUGUUGAAGAACCGGGCGAUUAAAAAGGCCAAACGCAGAAAUCUUGGAGGAGAGAGUGAGGGCGGUGGAGCCUUCAAAGGUUUCAAAGGCUUUUCUCUGAACAUGUCGGCAGCAGGCGGAGCCUCGAUUCCUGCACCGUUUUCUGGUUUUGGGAACAGCGGAGGCUUCAAGGGCCUCAGUAGCCUGACCAACGGAAACAGCAUCACUCCAUCAUUCGGAGGUUUCUCAUCCCCUCCUGCUGCAACGUCCUCUGCUGCACCAGGGCUAACGUUCAACGGCCCCGCCUCCGCCAAGCCCACCGCUGACAUCACCUCCAAGCAGACCAAUGGCUCCACCCCGAGCCCGACUCAAAGCUCGGGCUCCUGCAGCAGCAACAAGGAGUACAGCCGGCAGCUCACCGCUCUCAACUGCUCGGUGCGGGACUGGAUCACCAAGCACGUCAACGACAACCCUCUGUGCGAUCUGAACCCCAUCUUCAGGGAUUACGAGCGGCACCUGGCCAGCAUCGAGCGGCAGUAUGGAGGCGGCUCUGCUGACGGAGGCUCAGAGGAGAAGAAGCAGGGAGGGAUGCUGCCAACCACAGCCUCCCCUCCUCCACCUGCCUCCUCAUCUUCCUCCUCGGCGGCUCCAGCUCCAGCUGCCGCUUUGUUCUCCUUUGGCAAAAAUCCGACAGAAGACUCGGCUCGGGACAAAAGCACCGUCGGCGUCACGUUUAACUUCGGGCAGAAGGUGGACAGCUCGGUCCUCGGCUCCUUAGGGUCCAAAACGACUCCCCCCAGCUUCUCCUUCUCCUCCUCCGGUGACUCCUCCAGCCAGACCUCCCUGUUUGGAGCUCCUGGAUCUGCUGCACCGCUGUCCUUCAGCGGGACAAAGUCCGAGGACGCCCGGCCUGCAGACGAAAACGGAGACGAAGAGUCGGAGGAGCCGCCCAAACCGGAGGUGAAGGAGGUGAAGGAGGAAGACGCCUUCUACUCCAAGAAGUGCAAACUGUUCUACAAGAAGGACUCGGAGUUCAAAGAGAAAGGAGUGGGAACGCUGCACCUCAAACACACCACCGAGGGCAAGACUCAGAUGAUCAUUCGUGCCGACACCAACCUGGGAAACAUCCUGCUGAACGUCAUCGUGCAGUCGUCCAUGCCGUGCUCUCGGGUGGGGAAGAACAACGUGAUGGUGGUGUGCGUCCCCAACCCGCCCAUCGACGACAAGAACCCCGGCGGCCCCGUCCCCCUGCUCGUCCGAGUCAAGACCGCCGAGGACGCCGACGAGCUCCACAAGACGCUGGAGGAGAAGAAAGGCUGAAGCUUUAGCGGAGUCGUCCUCAGACUCCCCGACCUCAUCACGUGAACUCGUCUGUGCUGAAUCAUCCUGGUAGAUCACGCUUCCCUCAGUCCCUCACGAUAAAUUGGUUGUCAUACUGUGAAAUCUUUUUGUUAGUUUUGAAUCACUCGGCUACAUUCCUCCCGGUUCGACGCUGCUGCUGUUUUAUUAGAGAAACUGAACCAUGAAUCUUAUCAGCCUCACUGUUUGAUUUUACUGUUUUAAUUUGAUCGAGUGACUGAAAGUGUGAAUCCAGAUGAACGUCUACGAUCCUGACCACUCAGCCGUUUUGGGGAAGCCUCCAAACAAAAGUCCAGUUGAUUUGGUUUUACAAAUUAAAUACUUGCAGUAACAGUUAAUUUUUGAAGCAAACGUGUCGAGGAUUGAGUGUCUGCUGAGUGUCGUUUUUUUUCUUCUUUGCUCUGGAAACUAUUUAUUGUGUCCGACGGCAGGAUUUGAACCUUGUGUGAAUGUUUCCCCUGAAGAGCUUCUGAAAACUGUGGAAGUGUGAAACAGACCAGUUCUUUUAGUUUCUGUAAACACGUUUUCCAAGUGUCCUUUGUGUGGCCUUCGGUUCGGCCUUCGAGAUGAGGCAUGCUGUCAUCGUCUGAGAACAUUUGUAAAGACAUUUAUUGGAGAAUAAAAGGAAACAAACCACCA